AUGAAGCACCUGAACACCGUCAUGGCAGAAUCCCCGGCUCUCAUCACCAUCUUCCUUUUAGGAUAUCUACUCAGUACCGAAUGUGCAGUUUUCCUUGAUCGUGAAAAUGCCACCAAAAUUCUUACCCGUCCAAAGAGAUAUAAUUCAGGAAAACUAGAAGAGUUUGUUCGAGGAAACCUUGAAAGAGAGUGUAUAGAAGAAAGAUGUAGUUUUGAAGAAGCACGAGAAGUUUUUGAAAACACUGAAAAAACUACUGAAUUUUGGAAGCAGUAUGUUGAUGGAGAUCAGUGUGAAUCAAAUCCUUGUUUAAAUGGUGGAAUAUGCAAGGAUGAUAUUAGUUCCUAUGAAUGCUGGUGCCAAGUUGGAUUUGAAGGAAGGAACUGUGAAUUAGAUGCAACGUGUAACAUUAAAAAUGGCAGGUGCAAGCAGUUUUGUAAAAACAGUCCUGAUAACAAGGUAAUUUGUUCCUGCACUGAGGGAUACCAACUUGCAGAAGACCAGAAGUCCUGUGAACCAACAGUUCCAUUUCCAUGUGGGAGAGCUUCUAUUUCAUACAGUUCUAAAAAGAUCACGAGAGCUGAGACUGUUUUCUCUAAUAUGGACUAUGAAAAUUCUACUGAAGCUGUAUUCAUUCAAGAUGACAUCACUGAUGGUGCCAUUCUUAAUAACGUCACUGAAAGUAGUGAAUCACUUAAUGACUUCACUCGAGUUGUUGGUGGAGAAAACGCAAAACCGGGUCAAAUCCCUUGGCAGGUCAUUUUAAAUGGUGAAAUUGAGGCAUUCUGUGGAGGUGCCAUCAUUAAUGAAAAAUGGAUUGUAACUGCUGCCCACUGUCUUAAACCUGGUGAUAAAAUUGAGGUUGUUGCUGGUGAAUAUAACAUUGAUAAGAAGGAAGACACAGAACAAAGGAGAAAUGUGAUUCGAACUAUCCCUCAUCACCAGUACAAUGCAACUAUUAAUAAGUAUAGUCAUGACAUUGCCUUGCUGGAACUGGAUAAACCUUUAAUACUAAACAGCUAUGUAACACCUAUCUGUGUUGCCAAUAGGGAAUAUACAAAUAUCUUCCUCAAGUUUGGUUCUGGCUAUGUCAGUGGCUGGGGAAAAGUCUUCAACAAAGGGAGACAGGCUUCCAUUCUUCAGUACCUUAGAGUUCCACUGGUGGAUAGAGCCACAUGCCUUAGGUCCACAACAUUCACUAUCUAUAACAACAUGUUCUGUGCAGGCUACCGUGAAGGAGGCAAAGAUUCGUGUGAAGGAGAUAGUGGGGGACCCCAUGUUACUGAAGUAGAAGGGACAAGUUUCUUAACUGGCAUUAUUAGCUGGGGUGAAGAAUGUGCAAUGAAAGGCAAAUAUGGAAUAUAUACUAAGGUUUCCCGGUACGUCAACUGGAUUAAGGAAAAAACAAAGCUAACUUAAUGAAAAACCUAUUUCCAAAGACAAUUCAGUGGAAUUGAAAAUGGGUGAUGCCCUUUACAGACUAGUCUUUCUACCUUUUGUUAAAUUUAAAUAUAUAAGUUCUACAAACACUGAUUUUUCUCUGUGCAUAAGACAAGCCCAUCUAGGAUCUAUAUUGUUCUAGAGUAAGUAGGUUAGCAAAUAUAAUCACUAGAGAAAUAGUUUAGUAAGAGAUUCACCAUUUCUGUAAGUCCAGCCCUUGUUAAAAUUAGAAAGUAAAGCUUUCCGUGUUGCCCAUAAGGCGUGAUGGUUCUUGAUACAGAGAUGUACCCAAUUCUCCCUCCUUGGCAGCAAUUCAUGUUUUAGCUCUUCCUUGCUACUCUCAAUUUUAUUAGUUUUCUAUCCAGAAUCUUUAACCCAUUUAUGGCCAGAAGAAUACAAGAGCAGCUGAAAAAUUAAAACUCAUCAAAAGCAUGACUUCCUCUCCUGAUUUUUCUGAAUCUUGUAUCUUUUACAACUCCCAAACCACAAAUCACUGACCUCUCCGUCAUUCUCACCUUCCCUUUCUCCAUCACCACUGAAGGAGGAAGCUAUAUGAGUUCCAGGACAGCCUAGGUACACAGAGAAACCCGGUCUUGAAAGAAAAGAGAGAGUGGGGAGAGAGAGAGAGAGAGAGAGAGAGAGAGAGAGGAGAAAGAAAUGAUUAAUUUAAUCAUAUUGGUAAUAUAUAUAUAUUAUAUCUCUAAAAAAAAGUCACUAAACCUUACUUGUAACAACUGCCUAUUUCUAUGGUGUAAAUAUCCUUACUUUGGUAGAUUUCAAGCUAUUAACAUGAAGUUACUGGAAAAGGAGUUGAGAAAACAUAUGGAAAAUUACUCUUAAAACUGUUUCAGGCAGUUUUUAACCUAGAAGCAGCUGAACUUUCUAGGAAUACUUCAACAGUGCAUCUUCAGCCUUCUCCAGUUCCAACCUACCUAAGGGUCAUGUCUCUCACAGCAGGCUCAAGGCUGCAAGAGUCAUUGCAAAUGGCCAACUGACUUGCCCAUUUAUGGUUUUCUUCUCACCGGUAAACUGUUAUUGUAAUUAACACUGUCAUAUUGAAUUUUCUAGAGGGAUGCUGACCAUCCGACCCAUUUCUCAUCUGAGACUUGGUGAACUGGCAUUUUAAUACUUAUCUGGACCUUUGUAGUGAUGCAUAAUUGGUUUGAACCCCUUGUCACUGCCACCUGCCCCCACCAACACAAAAUCCUACUUCAUUACUGCUGACUCUGCUAACGUUCCACUACUUGUUGCCUCUUUUGUCUUGCAAGAAGUAUCAAUAAACAUCUUUCCAGAUUUCC